UUAUAUCAUUUUCAAAUCACAGUACUUUCCAUUCUUUAAUAGAACUAGUGAACACUUGAUAAAAACCAAGAUAUAGACCAUUCAUGGAUUUUUAGUGCUAGCUAUGGUAAACUCAUGGACCAUCUAGUGACCUCCUCUUGUAUAUUAUCGACAAAGCACUUGCUUGCACAACCCCUUAUAAGUUGUGAUUGCCCUUUCCCACAGAAUGCCAAGAUAUUUGUGAAGGCCCUCCAAUCUAUGAUGUUGAAGGCAGUGCUUCCAGUUUGGACUCAUCCCCAACUUUUAGCACGCCAGUCAGAGCCUUGUGAACCUUACAACAUAUGCACAAAUAGUGGUAAUUGUAGCUGUCCUUCUGUUCUUCUCCCUAGUUGUAAACUAGGUUUUGUUUCUCCUGGUGGCGAUGAUAAAUCAGAAAAGUCUAUUGAGUUUCUGAAAGCUGAUGAUGGACUUAGUUACUUUUCUCUUGAUUUUCUUCCGCCCUAUUCGAAUACCGACUUGAUCAGGUUGUCUCAAGUGAUGGAAGUGGAAGUAGAAACAAGCACAUCAUCUAGAUUUCCAACUAUGAGAAAGAGCCAUGAUAACAGCACUCCUGAAGCAAUCAAAGCACCAACAUCUUGAACAAUUUUAUCACACAUUUUCGAUGCACCUCGUGAUACUCGGCUCGUCAUCAUAUUGGAUAAGUCUUUCCUCCAAUUUGUACAGUUCCUCAAACCUGCAAAAUCAGACUACAAGCAAGUGCCAGUUGAUGAUACUGGCAUUUCUUAUGCAUCAUCCAUUUGUGCAGCGCCACUUUACAGACAGUUUUGGAAAGCUGGGAGAUAUGAUGAUGGACAUGGUUCUCAAAUUUCAGUUAAAAAAGGAAAAGACAUCAGGCCCAAGUUAUUACCUCGUGGAAAUAUCAUGACAUCAGUAUUCAGAGGCGUGCUUUAGAUUUGCUUUAUGGCAUGUGUGAUGUUACAAAUGCAAAAGAUGUAAUCGAAGAAUUACUGCAGUAUCUCAGCACAACAGAGCUUGCAAUGGCGUGACGACGAGAACACAUAUGAGAGUUAAUUGGAUUCUAUGUUUUAGCAUAUGAAAAACAAUGCUUGCGUGUAUUAUGUGGUGAGCUAUUUUUCCAUUCGAUGAAACUAAUAUUUUUGCCACCAAACUAAGCAGUUUAGGAGAUACUCUAUAACUUGGACAUCGAAACCAACUCCAAUAAAUAGAACUUAUGGCUCCA